GAGGUGAUAAGAAGGCAGAGAGUGAAGGGACAGAGGCACAUGGAGAGCACACACUAGUAGCACCCUAGUGAGGAGAUUCCUCCGCACCUUAUUUUCUCCAUAAGCAGGGUCUCUCUCCGUCAGUGAGCCUCCGUCACCAUGACAGACAACAAGCGUCUCGCCUUCUCCUUCCUCCAGUUCCUCCAUGACCAGCUGCAGGCCGGGAGCCUGACCCCCGGAUCCCAGGAGAGUCUAGAAGUUGCUGUCCAGUGUCUGGAGACGGCGUUUGAAAUUUCGACUGACAACCAGAUGCUCGCCGUCCCCAUGACCUUACCAGAGAUCUUCGCCAUGGCCACAGCCAAGCUUCCGGCUGAGUCGCAGGUCAACAACGCGGCUCCCCGACAGCCUCCGAACUCUCUCAGCAAGGAACAGAGAGAAGAGGCUCUAAAAACCCACGAUAACCAAAUGAAAGUGGAGAACUUUUCAACUGCUGUGGACUCGAAGGCCAUCGCCAUCAAACCUCAGGACGCCGUCUAUUACUGCAACAGACUCCCCCUGGCUCAAUGUUUUCACAGAAAGAGGAAGAAGAGUGAGGUUUCUGAGGAGCAGCCAUCCAGAUCUAGAGCUGGAAUGCAGACAGCCAAUCAGAGCAGCUCUGAACAAAUGGAUGUUGGUCGUCUGAAACAUAAGAUCAGGCUGAAGGAGAUAUUUGAACUUGUGACUGAAGGAGAAGAAACAGGAAGUGAAACCAUCCCCAACAGGAUCUUCACUGCCCUCUACAUCAUAGAGGGACAGAGUGAAGAGGUUAAUACCCAACAUGAGGAGUGGCAGCUCGAGACAGCUUCCAAGAAGAAGACCCUCCAUGACUCUCCAAUCAAGUGCUGUGACAUCUUUAAAGCCUCACCUGGCCAACAGAAACACAUCAGAGUGGUUCUGACGAGCGGCGUCGCUGGCGUUGGAAAAACCUUCUCAGUGCAGAAGUUCUGUCUGGACUGGGCCGAGGGUUUGGAGAACCAAGAUAUCAGUCUGGUGAUUCCUCUUUCCUUCAGGGAGCUGAACUUGAUCAGAGAUGAGCAGUACAGUCUUCUGGAGCUGCUCCGUGUUUUCCAUCCAUCAUUACAGGAGGUCCCAGCAGAGCAGCUCGCUGGCUCUAAACUUCUCUUCAUCUUUGAUGGCCUGGAUGAAAGCAGACUUUACCUGGAUUUCAACAACAAUGAGGCUGUUUCUGAUGUCACACAGAAGUCAUCAGUCAACGUGCUGUUGACAAACCUCAUCCAGGGGAAGCUGCUUCCCUCGGCUCUCGUCUGGAUAACUUCCCGACCUGCAGCAGCCAAUCAGAUCCCUCCUGCGUGUGUUGACAGGGUAACAGAAGUACAAGGCUUCACUGAUGCCCAGAAGGAGGAGUACUUCAGGAAGAGAGUCAGUGAUGAAGAGCUGUCCAGCAGAAUCAUCUCCCACAUCAAGACCUCCAGGAGCCUCCACAUCAUGUGUCUGAUCCCAGUCUUCUGCUGGAUCACUGCUACAGUUCUGGACCACAUGUUGACUACAGACCAGAGAGGAGAGCUGCCCAAGACCCUGACUGACAUGUACUCACACUUCCUGCUGGUUCAGACAAAGAGGAAGAAGCUCAAGUAUGCUGAGGGACAUGAGACGAGUCCACAGGAGCUGACGGAGGCUGACAGGGAAGUUCUUCUGAAGCUGGGGAGGCUGGCGUUUGAACAGCUGGAGAAAGGAAACAUCAUGUUCUACCAAGAAGACCUGGAGCGCUGUGGUCUGGAUGUCACAGAGGCCUCGCUGUACUCAGGAGUUUGUUCAGAGAUCUUCAAAAGAGAGAGUGUGAUCUUCCAGAAAACAGUCUACUGCUUCGUUCAUCUGAGUGUUCAGGAGUUUCUGGCUGCAGUCUACCUGUUCCACUGUUACACCAACAGGAACAACGAGGUUCUGGAGGACUUCCUGGGACUGGACUGGGAAAAUGAUGAGGAUGAUGAUGGCUACAUCAGUCCAUCCCUGGGAAGAAACAGAGUUAUUUACCAUCAUUACCCAUCCCUGGAUGUCUUCCUGAAGAGAGCCAUGGAGAAAUCCUUUGAAAGUGAAAAUGGCCACCUGGACCUGUUUAUGCGCUUCCUUCAUGGCCUCUCUCUGGAGUCCAACCAGAGACUCUUAGGAGGCCUGCUGGGUCAGACAGACAACAGUCCAGAAAUCAACCAGAGAGCCAUCAACAAACUGAAGGAGAUGAACAGUUAUGGGAUCUCUCCUGACAGAAGCAUCAACAUCUUCCACUGUCUGUCGGAGAUGAAGGACCACUCAGUCCAUCAGGAGAUCCAAGAGUUCCUGAAGUCAGAGAACAGAUUAGAGAUGGAACUCUCUGAUAUCCACUGCUCAGCUCUGGCCUACAUGCUGCAGAUGUCGGAGGAGGUUCUGGAUGAGUUGGACAUGAUGAAGUACUACACAUCACCAGAGGGACGCUGGAGACUGAUUCCAAUUGUGAGGAACUGCAGAAAGGCUCGACUUUCUGGCUGUGAACUCUCCGAGACUGACUGUGAAGUCGUGGCCUCGGCCCUGAAGUCCAACCCCUCCUAUCUGAGAGAGCUGGACCUGAGUGACAACAACCUGAAGGGUUUAGGUGUGGAGUGUCUGUCUGCGGGACUACAGAGUCCAAACUGUAGACUGAAGACUCUGAGAUUGGAGAAUUGCAGGAUGUCAAGGAUCAGCUGUGCCUCUCUGGUCUCAGUUCUAAAGUCCAACCCCUCCCAUCUCAGAGAGCUGGACCUGAGUUACAACAAGCUGCAGGAUUCAGGUGUUAAGCUGCUGUGUGGUUUUCUGGAGAAUCCACACUGUAGACUGGAGACUCUGAGAUUGUUGGAGUGCAGUUUGUCAGACAUGAGCUGUGCUUCUCUGGUAUCAGCUCUGAAGUCCAACCCCUCCCAUCUGAGAGAGCUGGACCUGAGAUACAACAAGCUGCAGGAUUCAGGCGUGAAACUGCUGUGUGGUUUUCUGGAGAGUCCACAAUGUGGACUGGAGACUCUGAGAUUGGAGCGCUGCAGGUUGUCAAAUAUCAGCUGCUGUGCUUCUCUGGCCUCAGCUCUGAAGUCCAACCCCUCCCAUCUGAAAGAACUGGACUUGAGUGACAACAAGCUGCAGGAUUCAGGAGUGAAGCUGCUGUGUGGUUUUCUGGAGAGUCCACACUGUAGACUGGAGACUCUGAGUUUGUACCACUGCAGUUUGUCAGAGAUCAGCUGUGGUUCUCUGACCUCAGCACUGAAGUACAAUCCCUCCCAUCUGAGACAGCUGGACCUGAGCUACAACAAGCUGCAGGAUUCAGGAGUGGAGCUGCUGUGUGGUUUUCUGGAGAGUCCACAAUGUAGACUGGAGACUCUGAAACUGAAGGACUGCAGGUUUUCAGAGAUCAGCUGUGCUAAUCUGGCCUCAGCUCUAAAGUCCAACCCCUCCCAUUUGAGAGAGCUGGACCUGAAUGACAACAGGCUGCGGGGUUCAGACGUGAAGCUGCUGUGUGAUCUUGUGGAGAGUCCAAACGAUCAACUGGAGACUCUGGAAUGGAAGGAGGAGCCUGACCCAGAGUGAUCAGAAAGGAGGAUGUUGUGACCAGAUGUGGAGUCCUCCAUCAUCAGUGUGUUCUCCUCUGGAUCUGACUGAGUAUCAUCAGUGUAUCUGGACUGCUCUGCUGCUGCUCUGUCCUUCUACAAAGUCUCUGCAGACACACUGAGGCUCCUUCACUCCUUCUGCUCAACACUUAGUCUCUAUUGUCCAGCUCUAUCUCCACAGCGCUGUGGAGGAAGGUCUGGUUACAACACAGAUGAAUUCUGGGAUAGGAGGGAAAAAA